GGGAGAGAGAAGGAGAGGGAGAGGGAGAUGGCGAGGGGAGAGUGGGGAAAUCAAGGAAGAGAAAGGAAAUUAUGGGGAGGAGUAGGAGCAGGAUUUUGUAAUUGUUCGUACAAGAGAACCACUCUCAUCCUUUGCCUCAUCAACAUUGUCGUCGCUCUUUACGUUCUUCAUUCUCUCUACGCCUCUCUUUACAUCUACUCCGACACCUAUUCAAGUCCAGUUGUUAAGUACACCCCAGAUCAGAUUAGGAAUAUGGAAGAAUCAAUUCGGAUUCGCAAAGAAGCAGAACCAGUUGAGCUUGUUAAAUUGGUAAAGAAACUUGAGAAGGAGCUUUCCAGUGAAGUAAUGGUUGUUGAACUGCCAAAGCAUUUGAAGCAGAGUAUUUCAAACGACAUUAUUCAUAGGUUGAAAACUUUGGGUGCCAAUCCUAAUAUUACUGAACAGAGAGAAGUAGUUGAAAGCUGGCGCUUGGAAAAGCUAAACGAAACUAAGAAGUUGACCUAUGAGAGAAGUGCUCCGAAUUCAACUAUUUCACAUGAGGAAGCUGAGAUGCUAGUAAGAGCUUUGGAGUCAAAUUGGGCAGUGCUGUCAGAAGAGAUUGGCCUUUGGAUACCUCCUGAAAUAAUAAUCAAGGAACAUGAUGAUAAACCUGAUGGUGAAGAAGAAUCAGAGGAAGACAUUUUACCCGGUAGACCAGUUCCACUUGAAUGUCAUGCUGAACUUCAUACGGAUUAUGGUGGUGCUGCUGUGAGAUGGGGGCUUACCUUCCACAAAGAAAGUGCAGCUGACUGCUGCCAGGCUUGCUUUGAUCAAGCUAAACACGCGAGGCCGGGUGAGAAGAAAUGCAACAUAUGGGUUUAUUGCCCGUCUGAAAUGGGGUGCCAUUCUCCGGACAUCUAUCAACAUAAAAAUCAAGAGUGCUGGCUGAAAUACGCUGAAAAGCCCAAACUAAAUUUCAAGGACAAGUAUCCCGACUCAUACCGAAACUCCCAUCUGACCGCACCAUUGAUUGUGCCAUGGGUUUCUGGUGUCAUCACUGCAUAAUUGGGGUUGUUCCGACAAAACAGGAAUACCUUUUAUGCCUGCUAUGUGCUCACAAUUCUGUCAUGUUCUAAAACUAUCACGAUAGAACUGUAAGGUUCAGGUCCAUUGAUAUCUGUAUUAUGCUCUCGUUGGGAUUAUGUGGUUCUGGGGGGACGUGGAUGAAGCAUGAAGGGAAGGCAUUUGGGUAUGUAUCCACCUCCUUUUAUUUUUUGCUUACAAAAGCUAAAUCAUUUUUUGUAGUACGGACUAGGGUGGCCUUGGUGCCCAUGAUGCGAAGUUUGAGUCUUUGGUCAUCAAGGUGAAACUUGUUAGAUGUUGAGAAGAGUUAUAUGUGGAUUGCUGAUUUGAUGAACUAUUGAUUACAGC